AUGGAAUCCCUCUCAGACACUGAUUGGGAUGUAGUUAUCAGCGGCACGGGACUGCAGCAGUCUCUAUUUGCCCUGGCACUCUCGCGAUCAGGCAAGAACAUACUCCACGUUGACCCCGAGGGCUACUAUGGAGAACACGAAGCUGCGUUCAGCCUCCAAGAAGCGGAUAUCUGGGCCGCCAAGCAUGCGUCGCUGGACACGACGGGACUCUUUCGCGCUGCCGAGGUGACCAAGGCGGACACCAUGCCUUCGCCGCGUGCCUACAGCCUGGCCCUCGCGCCGCAGCUCAUACACACCCGGUCCGAGCUCCUCAACAAGCUCGUCUCCUCCAAGGCCUUUCGGCAGGUCGAGUUCCAGGCGGUCGGGUCGUUUUUCAUCUUUCAGUCUGCGCCAGCAGACUCUGAUGACGCGAAGACGCCCACGCUCUCCCGCAUCCCGUCGACAAGAGAAGACGUCUUCUUAAGCACGGCAAUUCCGGUCCGGGCCAAGCGGUCGCUGAUGAAGUUUCUCAAGUUUGUCCUCGACUACGAGUCGGAGCCACAGGCCGAAAUUUGGAAGCCCCGCGCUGACGAGCCACUGGCCGGCUUCUUGGGCUCCCAGUUCAAGCUAGAUGACACACUGCAGUCCUACGUCAUUGCCCUGACCCUCAGCCCCGAUGGAAACAUCACGGUCGAGGACGGGCUGGUAGCCAUCAGCCGACACUUGACCUCGAUGGGCGUCUUUGGCGCUGGCUUCGCGGCUGUCUACCCGAAAUGGGGUGGGUUGUCCGAGGUCUGCCAGGUCGGGUGUCGUGCUGCUGCUGUCGGUGGCGCUGUGUACAUGCUUGGUACUGCUAUCACGAACGUUGCAAAGCGGGACGAUGAGAGGACCAAGCUGGACAUUUCCCUCUCCAACGACAUGGUGGUAAAGGCCAAGACACUAUUCUGCAGCUCAAAAAGCAGCCCUGAAGACGGAGUGUGCCUGACACGAAUCACAGCUGUGGUUGGCGCUGCCUUGCCAAGGCUGUUUGAACCGGUGGUGGAUGGGUCUCCGAUACCAUCUGCCAUCGUCGUGGCGUUCCCUACUGGCUCAGUGUCCGAUGGCGAUGGGCAUGCUACAGAGUAUCCCAUAUAUGCCAUGGUGCACUCGAGCGACACGGGGGAAUGCCCUACUGGUCAAUGUAUCGUCUAUCUGAGCACCAUUUCUACAGCGUCGUCCAAGAUUCUCCUGGCGGCCGCCUUGUCAUCUCUCCUGCGCUCCGCCGCUUCUGAGGGUCAAGCAACUCCCGAGGUAGUCUACAAGCUGCAGUACGAACAAAGGGGCUCAAAAUCGCCGUCCUUGGACGUGAGCGAAGAUGAUGUCGUGACAUUCGGCACGCCAGUCUUGGAUUUGGCAUUUCGCGACGCCACCCUGCAGCCUGUGCGCCAGGCGUGGGAAAAGCUUACCGGUCGGAGUGGUGAGGAAGCCGACGCUGAGUUUCUCGUGUUUGAGGAUCGCGAAGGUGUGACCGACGAUGACGACGUAUUUGACGUCUAG